UGCAUUUGUUUGUAAAUAACAAGAACAAAUGCAAGAUACAAAAACAUGAUGACAAUUCAAGUCAUCUUAACCAGUACUUAGACAUAGUCAUAUUUUAAAAUCUCCAGUUAGCUGGAAGCACUGACCUCAUGUAGGGAGUGUUAGACCUGUUUUAGUCUCUUUUUUUUUUACAGUGGCUACCGAGCUAAACAACUUACCCUGCAGUCUCUGAGCUUUAGCUGACAUUAACUUCUGUCUGUAUUUCAGCUUUGCCUCCAGACAACAAGAGCCAGAUUGUUAUUAAAGAGGAGCAGCAGGAGUGUAGCUGCAGUGUGGACCAGCAGGAACCAGAGCCCCCCCCACGCAUUAAAGAGGAACAGGAGGAACUGUGGAGCAGUCAGGAGGAAGGGCCGAUGUAUCGUCAUAUCAACCAGAAGCCAUUCACUCUUGUCUCUAGAGCGAGUGAAUAUGGUGAUUACGAGGAAGAUUAUCAGCAGCUGCUGGUGGUUAAAGAAGAUAUUUCCCCUGAACAGCAGGAGUGUAGCUCCGGUCUGGACCAGGAGGAGCCAGAGGCCCCCCCACACAUUAAAGAGGAGCAGGAGGAACUGGGGAGCAGUCAGGAGGGAGAACAGCUUCAACGGCUGGAGGAGGCUGAUAUCACCAAGUUCCCAUUCACUCCUGUCCCUGUGAAGAGUGAAGAUGAUGAAGAGGAAGCUCAGUCCUCACAGCUUCAUCAGAGACAAACUCAACACAUGGAAACAGAAGAUGUUCAGCAGCUGUUGGUGGUUAAAGAAGAGGUUCUCCCUGAGCAACAGGAGUGUAGCUCCAGUGUGGACCAGCAGGAGCCAGAGUCCCCCCCACACAUUAAAGAGGAACAGGAGGAACUGUGGCGCAGUCAGGAGGGAGAGCAGCUUCAAGGGCUGGAGGAGGCUGAUAUCACCAAGUUCCCAUUCACUCCUGUCUCUGUGAGGAGUGAAGGUGAUGAAGAGGAAGCUCAGUCCUCACAGCUUCAUCAGAGACAGACUCAACACAUGCAAACAGAAGCUGAUGGAGAGGACUGUGGAGGACCAGAACCAGCCAGG